AAAGCUAGUUGCAGAUUAUUCAAAAUAACAUGCUGCGAAAAUGUUUGUAGGGCCAGUAAAAGCGAAAUCAAUCUAAACUCAUUUAUCCUGUUAGUUGCAUCAAACUCGCAAAUUCUGUUCUUUAUAGCAUUUGGUGGACAACGGAGUAGUUUCUGUAUUAUUUCAGUUGUAUUUGACGGGAUACAUGGACUUAAAAUAUUUGAUGUCGUUUGAGUUGACAGUCUAAUAGUAAUGUGCAAAUGAAGCUUUGCUGAGUUAUUACAAACGCAACCGACACAAUGUUUCCAAACACCGCAUUUCUUAGAAAUGUAAACGUACCCAUGCCAGGAUUUUUUGUCAAACGAACAUGGAAUUCGACUAAAUACACAAAAAUAUCGCCACAGGUGAAAAAGCAAAAGUUGGAGAGCAGCAACGUUACAUCCUCGCCUUCACUGAGUCCCAAACAACUGGAACGGAUCGCCAAAAACAAGGCGGCGGCUCUGGAAGCACUGACGGCACACCACACUUGCCCGGACGGGUUCGGAAAGAGCUGGCGGAACGGGCUCAACGCAGAAUUCGGGAAGGCCUACUUUAAAUCAUUAAUGUCUUUUGUUGCUGAGGAGAGGCAAAAGCAUACCGUCUAUCCACCUCCACAUCAAGUUUUUACCUGGACACAAAUGUGUGACAUAAAAGAUGUAAAAGUCGUGAUACUUGGCCAGGAUCCUUAUCAUGGACCUAACCAGGCUCAUGGAUUGUGUUUCAGCGUCCAGAGACCUGUGCCACCUCCACCAAGCUUGGUGAACAUGUUCAAAGAACUGGCAUCAGACAUAGAAGGCUUUGAGCAGCCUGAUCAUGGAGAUCUUACUGGAUGGGCAAAGCAAGGAGUUCUGUUGCUGAAUGCUGUGUUGACUGUGCGUGCACACCAGGCCAACUCUCACAAAGACAAGGGAUGGGAGAUAUUCACAGAUGCUGUGGUAAACUGGCUCAGCACAAAUUUGCAGGGUCUUGUUUUUCUUCUCUGGGGCUCAUAUGCUCAAAAGAAGGGGGCUGCCAUCAAUAAGAAACGACAUCAUGUUCUGCAAGCAGUCCACCCCUCGCCGCUAUCUGCUCACCGUGGCUUCUUCGGAUGCAAGCAUUUCUCAAAGACCAAUGAACUGCUGCGGAAUGCGGGGAAGCAGCCUAUUGACUGGAAAGCACUCUGAUGUUUCACUUUUUGAUUGAAUGAACCUUGCAGACAGAUGGAAUGUUGUUGGUCCUGUUUUUUGUUUUGUUUUUGUUUCCUAUUUGAGUGAUCAGUGUGUUCCUUCUCAGUACACUAUAUUUGUUUUAUAUACUGGAAGGGUAGGUAAAUAGUUUAUAUUAAUUGCUUUUCAUUUAACACUGGUUAUUUUUCAUGCACUUUUGCAUUUAUCGCUCUGAAUUUUGGUUUGUUCAAAUGAUCAUCCAUGUUAUUUUAGCUAAAAGCAACAUCUAUUUUAUAAAGAGGAAGGUUUCUGAUCAGUGUGCAUUUUAAACCAUUGUAAUUUUACAACACUAACAGCAGGGGUGAAAGUGUUUGUUAUGCCUGUAAAUACAAUAAACUAUUUUCCACUGACC